CGGAGCGACAGUGUUUGGUGCUUUGCACAGGAACACACGAUGCCGCCGCGUAAAAGUCUUUUUGCGCCUUUCGUCUCGGUGCAGCCGGACGGCGGCGUGGGGCCGGCGCCGCGGCACGGACACGUCCACGCUCUGUUGCACCGGAGCCGUGCGCAGGAGCGCCACGCGGACCACCACGAGCCUCCGUGCGCCAUCGUGGAGCUGCGGAUGGGCCCCGCGUUGCACCACCUGCACCCGGACAAGUGCGCGCUGGAACGCGCGCAGAGGAGGCGGCGCCUCGCUGCCAACGCCCGGGAGAGGAGGAGGAUGCUCGGCCUCAACGUCGCCUUCGACCGGCUCCGCAGCGUCAUCCCGAACCUGGAGAGCGACAAGAAGCUCUCCAAAUCCGAGACCCUCCAAAUGGCGCAGAUCUACAUCGCCACCCUCAGCGAGCUGCUCCAGGAGGGAGGCGGUGGAGGCUCGGCUCCGACCGACGCACUGAGGCCCUCGGGGGCUCCGGCUUCACAGGGGGCCACAUUGGUAGACGAGCCGUCGGGCUCCGUUACAGACGUUCGCACCGGGAAGGGAGGCGGCGCGCGGCUGCGCACGGAGGAGCAGCGGGGUCGAGAGGACGACUUGUGGGAGAGAACGAGCGGCACAAAGUGACAUCAGCGCUUUUUUCAAAUAUUCCAACUAUUUCCACUGGUGUACAUUUCUUUUUUAUUAUUUGCUUCCUGGUCGCACAGUAAAACACAUUAAGCUCUA